CUAUUGUUGGCAAAGGGAACUAGGUAAGGACAGAAAAAGUGUGAAGGACAAGAUAGGAGACUAGGUGAUAGUGGACAUAAUUUACACAUAGGAGAAAAACCCUAUACAGGAACUACACAAGACUCUACAUCAAGUGCUGGAUCAAAACAGUGCUGAACUUCAUGUGACGAUCCAUGCGGGUAGUGAAGCAACUAUAUAGAUUCAUCCUCUUUCCAACCGCUCUAAACUGCCUGCAGCCUCCCCUCAGCCAUGGAGGUGCAGAUGGAGGAACUGAGACAGCAGCUAGAGAAACAGACUCUGAUCAACCAGGAGCUACACAAACAAAAUAAUUACCUGGAAAGAAGACUGCAGGAAAAGGAGAAGUUGCUGCAGAACGGACAGAGUCAUUACCAUCACCUGGAGUUCCCUGCUCAGAGGAGCAGUAAUGAAGCCAACCUGGAAGUCAGGAGGAGUAGAGCGGCUGUCAUGGCCCCUGAGCCAAUCUUGGAGGAGCAGCUGGAGAUCAUGACAAGUAAAGUCAAGAAGACUGUCAGUGAGACAAGUCUGAUCGUCAAGGCAAUCCAGAAGAAUGACUUCCUGAGUCGCCUCGACGAUGAGCAGAUCACCAUGAUGGUGGAGCUUUUGGUGGCUAUUGACAUCAAACCAGGAAAUAAUGUCAUCAAGGAGGGCACUGAAGGAGACAGCAUGUAUAUUGUAGCAGCUGGUGAGCUACUUGUCAGUCAAACUGGUCAAAACCUUCGAACUCUGACCUGUGGGGAUGUCUUUGGAGAGUUGGCUAUUUUGUAUAACUGCAAACGCACAGCCACUGUCAAAGCAAAGACAAUGGUUCGUCUCUGGUGUAUAGAGAGAAACACCUACAGAACCAUCAUGACAAACAAGUCCAGGAAGAAACGUGAACAGCUAAUGGGCUUCUUAAAGACAUCUCGGACUCUGAAUACCUUAAAUGACAGGCAGCUCUCUAAGAUAAUUGACUCCAUGGAGGAGGUCAAAUACCACAACAAUGAUGUCAUUGUACGUGAGGGGGAGGAAGGCAACACAUUUUACAUCAUCCUCAAAGGAGAGGUCCUGGUCACCAAGAUGAUGAAUGGGCAGCAAAAACAGAUUCGCAAGAUGGGCAAAGGGGAGCAUUUUGGGGAAUUGGCCCUCAUACGUGAGAUCCUGAGGACUGCAAGCUGUACUGCUGUUGGGCCUGUGACCUGCUUCUCCAUUGAUAAGGAGGUGUUUGAGGAGACAAUCCCCAUUGAACACCUGAAGCUUCAUGACUCAGAGGUGUCGAAUGAGCUAGAUGUUCCAGGGAAGACCAGUGUUAGUUCCUCUCUGAGUCUAACGGACCUGAUCCCUGUACUGUACCAGGAAGGGCGUUACCAGGGAGAACCUGUCACACUUGGAGUGGGCGGGUUUGGUCGUGUUGAACUGGUAACUACUCUGCAGGAGGGAAAGUACUUUGCUAUGAAGCGAGUUAGUAAAAAGCACAUUGUUGCCAAGCAUCAGGAAGAACACGUCCUGUUUGAGAAAAGGAUCCUGAAAGCCACUCAGAGUGACUUCAUUGUCAGGCUCCAUUUUGCCUUCAAAGACAAUCGCUACAUCUACAUGAUUAUGGAUUUCUGUGUAGGAGGAGAGAUCUGGACCAAGCUCAAAGAAGUUGGACGUUUUGAUGAGCCCAUUGCUGUAUUCUGUACUGCCUGUGUAGUGGAGGCCUACGCCUACCUCCAUAAGAAGGGCAUCAUGUACAGAGACUUAAAGCCUGAGAACCUAAUGCUGGAUGCCAAAGGCUAUGUCAAACUGGUGGACUUUGGCUUUGCUAAGGAGUUAAGGCACGGUGAUAAGACUUACUCAUUCUGUGGUACUCCUGAGUACAUGGCCCCAGAGAUCAUCCAGAACCAGGGACAUGACUUUGCAGCAGACUUCUGGUCUUUGGGAAUCCUGGUCUAUGAGCUUCUGGUGGGGAGCCCUCCAUUCUCCAGUUCUGAGCCUGCAAAAAUCUACCCCAAAAUUCUGGAUGGGGUGCUUAAAUUUCCCCCUUACAUGAGUGAAGGGGCCAAGUCUGUCAUCAGUAAAUUGUGCAGACCUCGGCCGGGUCAGAGAUUGGGAAACACCAAGAAUGGGAUAAAAGAUGUCCGCCAUCACAGGUGGUUCAGCAGUAUAAACUGGCAAAAGCUGCGUGUGGGCCGAUUGGAAGCUCCUACAAUCAGACUCAUACGAAAGGGUCCAUGCUACAUCAACUUUGAUCGCUUCCCCUUUGACCGGGACCUCGCCGAAGAGGAGUUUUCCGGCUGGGAUGAAAACUUCUAACGCCUACCACAGAUUGAACCAGAUAUCCUGCAGGGUCAGAGUUAAGAUAUAAGAUCAGGGCUGACUUGAUAUAAUAGGGACAUUCUACCAGAAACAUACAUGAUCUGUCCUGGAAUUGUUACAGUGAAUAAACCUGACUAGACGGUUGAUUUCUCUGAGUUGUUCUGGAAAGGAAUAUAUCAAUCAUUACGUUCUCAGAUUUUCUUCUUUAUUAAAAACAAAGCAAAAGCAAAUCCUGAAAAAACCUGUUCUCAGCCAAAUUGGAGCUACAGCUUUCAUAGUUGCUUAAUGCUAAAAACAGGUAUUUAGGGAAAGAAACACCAGUAAUUACAAGUUAAAAGUUUGUAUCAUUCACAUCAACUUAUUAGUAACAUCAAAUUCUGCAUAAAUUCUACAAAUAAAUAUUACUUUACAACUUUA